AUGACGUACUGCCUGGACGCCUGGGGCCCCAUAAUCCCCGAUUCAGCCAGAUGGUUGAAGGAGAAGAACAUGGAGCUCGUGGUCCCUGACAUCUCCAGUGACUUUGCCUGCCCCCAUGGCCAUGGUGGGAAGCUGGGCCCCAUCGGGUUCCUGCCUCCCCCCAUCCCUAAUCCCAUCCCCCCUCCCCCCAUCCCUUAUGUCCAGAGAUGGCUCACCUCCCAGGAUCUCACCGCCAUCCAGCAGCUUCACGCAGGGGUUCGAUACUUUGACAUGAAAAUUGCACGGAAGCCAUUCCCAUUCCCAGGGCCCCCAAAGAGUGAUGGUCCCAUCCCUCCCCCCUUCGACUGGACAUUCUACUUUGUCAACGGACUGUACUCCACAGUGACAGUGGAGCACACCUUCAGGGAGAUGGCCAAAUGGUUGGCAGAGCACCCGCGAGAGGUCGUCAUUCUGGCCUGCAAGUCUUUCGAUGUCAUGAAUGACGAUGAUCACCAGAAGUUCAUCUCCCAGCUGAUGGAGAUAUUCUCAAACAGACUCUGCCCCCAUACAGAAGCUCCUCCUACUCUUCAGGACUGCUGGGACAACAACUACCAGGUGAUCUUGUCCUACGCUGACCGAAAGCAAGCAGCCAAUCAGAAGCUGCUGUGGCCUGAGAUUGACUGCUGGUGGACCAAGCGGGUUACCGCUAAAGGGGUUGUAGACGACUUGACCAACCGUUUGCAGACAAAGGGGAGAGGCGAAGAUGAAUUCUUCGUGGCUGGCCUGAACGUGACUCCAGAUGAGCAGUACAUCGCUUCUCACCCAAACUCCUCCCUCCAGAAGAUGACCUAUGCAGCGUACCCUCAGCUGAUGGAGUGGAUCCCUAAACAGCAGCCCGGAGCUGGAAAAACCUGCGUCAACAUCAUCGCUGCUGACUUCGUGGACUUCGAAUUUAUCCAGCUUGUCAUCAAUAUCAACGCUUUCAAAAAGAACUAG